AUGUCCUGCGCCAGCCUGUGCAUCCCUUCCUGUGGGGUGGCCGCCCCGGCCCCUCUGGCUGACACCGCCAACGAGCCCUGCGUGCGGCAGUGCCCUGACUCCGUGGUGGUGAUCCAGCCCCCGGCCUCGGCGAUCACCUUCCCCGGGCCCAUCCUCAGCUCCUUCCCGCAGUACAGCGUUGUUGGCUCGGUGGGAGCCCCUGGCGUUGGAGGUGGCUUCGGCGGCACUUUUGGAGGCCGUGGUGGUUUAGGAGGCCUUGGGGGCUUUGGGUCGUACGGAGGCCUUGGGGGCUAUGGAGGCUAUGGUCUUUCUGGGGGCUAUGGAGGCUAUGGUCUACCCUCGGUCUCCACAAGUAGCACCUCUUGUCUUCUACCACCAGAGGCAGAGCAAAGCUUUCAGCCCCUCUUUAGGCUGUGGCAAAACAGCUACUAG